AUGACAUCAUGCGUGCCUAACAGUGCUACAGACAGGUCAACUUCGGUGGUGAAGUUUGAUAAAUCUAUUCUUGCCCCAACCAGGGGACGAAGAAGAGAAAAAGUGGCGGUAGGGGUGCUGGCUCUGCAGGGCUCUUUCCAUGAGCACUUGGCAGCUCUUGGAAAACUUGGCGUGAAGGGGGUUUUGGUAAGAAAGCCAGAGCAGCUGGAAGGGAUUUCAGGACUAAUAAUUCCGGGCGGGGAGAGUACGACAAUUGCAAGGCUUGCAGAGUAUCACAAUUUUAUUCAAGCAUUGCGGGAGUUCAGCAACAAAGGAAAGUCUAUAUGGGGCACGUGUGCAGGACUUAUUUUCUUGGCAAACAAAGCAGUUGGGCAGAAAGAAGGGGGCCAGGAACUUAUUGGAGGACUGGAUUGCACUGUCCAUCGUAACUUCUUUGGCAGCCAGCUGAACAGUUUUGAAACAGAACUUCCAGUUCCUGAACUUGUUGCAAAGGAAGGUGGACCCAAAACGUUUCGUGCUAUAUUUAUUCGUGCUCCUGCCAUUCUUGAGGCAGGUCCAUCUGUUGAAAUUCUAGCUGACUACAAUCUUCCAUCAAAGGAACCAAAAAAGACGUGUUCUGAUAGUGAAAAUGAGGCGAAAAGUCAAGGAGAAAGAGUCAUUAUAGCUGUGAAGCAGGGGCACUUAUUAGCAACAGCUUUUCACCCAGAGUUGACAUCAGACACUCGUUGGCACAGUUAUUUCCUAAAGAUGGUAUGUGAUACUGAACAUCAAACUUCAGCAUGCAUAGGAUCAAAGGAAGAUCCAGACAAGUCUCAACAUUCACCUCAACAGAGAGAUCUCCCAAUUUUUCAACAAACAGAAGGAUUAAGUUUUGAGUUUUGAAAAUUCAAUUAAUAUUGCAUUCUUCCUUACAACUUCGGUAUUCUUGUUAAUUUCUAUUUGUUUCAAAAUGGUAUAUUCCAUUCUCUUAAAGGUUUGAAAGAUGUAUUUUGUUCUAAAUCAAUUAAAUUUUUAUUUGUUAUCAUUUAUGAUUUUGCAUUAAGCUCCUAUAUUACUACAUGGCACGGCAUGUGUUACGCUCUAAAGAGAGUAGCCAUAUCUUGCAACCUUGUAUAUGUAAUUUAAACUAAUUUUACUAAUGUCUCUCAUUUGCAAGUCA